AUGGCACAGGACUACGACGUUGUCAUACUCGGCGCCGGCGCAGCCGGCAUGUCUGCCGGGCUCUAUUCCACACGCGCCAUGCUCAGCACAGUAAUGAUCGAGAGCAUCGGCCCCGGUGGGCAGCUCCUCAUCACCGACGAGAUUGAGAACUAUCCCGGCUUCCAGACCGGCGUCAAAGGCCAGGCCCUGGCUGACGAAAUGUUUAGCCAGGCUGACCGCUUCGGAGCCAAAAUGGAAUACGCGGAGGUUGAGGCCGUCGAGAAUCUGCACGACGAUCGCAAGCUGAUUCGCACCUCCGAAGGCGACUUCACCGCCCGCGCCCUCAUCAUCGCCACCGGCGGCUCCCACAACAAGUUGGGCGCCACCGGCGAGGACGAGUUCAGCGGACGCGGAGUCUCCUAUUGUGCCGUCUGCGACGGCAACUUCUUCCGCGGACAGGAUGUGGUGGUGGUCGGCGGCGGCGACGCCGCCAUGGACGAGAGUUUCUACCUCACCGGAAUCUGCAACUCCGUAACCGUCAUCCACCGCCGCGACGAACUGCGCGCCACCAAGGUCCUGCAAGACCGCGCCUUCGCCAACCCCAAGUACAAGUGGCUCUGGAGCCAUGUCGUCGAAGAGUUCGUCGGUAACGACGUGCUCGAAGCCGCCCGUGUCAAAAACCUCAAAACCGGCGAGGUCUACGACUAUCCCACGGCGGCCGCUUUCAUCUACGUGGGCUUCCACCCCAACACCGAGUAUUUCAAGGAAGUGUUGGACAUGGACGAACUCGGCCACGUCUACGCCGACAUUCACAUGCGCACCAACGUCCCCCGCGUUUACGCCUGCGGCGACGCCCGGGCAGAAUCAACCCGCCAGCUCGGCGCUGCGGUGGGCGACGGCAUCACGGCUGCCCUGGCCGCUUUCCACGACCUGUCUUCCUAA